AUGGCCGACGAUGACGAUGACGAUGACGACUGGGGCGUUGUCGCAGUAGAAGAGCCCGGCGGGCGCGUGGUUGAUGCCGGCUGGGUGGGCGAUGAAGUACCGGGGGCGGAAGACACCAGCGAGGUUAUUUCUGACGCCGAAGAACUGGGGGGAGAAACAGUGCGUGAGUUUGACUGUGGACUGGUCGUGGGCGAGCUCGUGACAGCAGGUGAAGGAGUGGACGAAGGGGAAGGGCGCGAUGCAGAAAUGUUCGUAGCGGUUGAUACAGCAGAAGUACUGUCCGUGACAGAUAGGGAAAUGGAAGCAGAGUCAGAAGUCCGUGACGAGGAAGAAGAGGGUGUUUGUCUGGUGGACGAAGACGAGUUAGUCGAGUUCCGUGAGGCGGACGAUUCAGUGGGUGUGCUCGACGGGCUUUCGGUUGGGGUAUCAGAGGAUGACGAGACGGUAGCGCUCGACGUGGCCGCCUCGGUCGGCGCACUCAUGGUAGCCACUGAAGAGACUGGGACGGCAGAGGCGCCCAGCUGCCUCGGCACGAGCGAAGUGACCGCAUUGACUGCAAGGUGA